UUGCAGGUGCACCCCUCCCAAUCCAGCCCCAGGAUGGCACUGCCUCCCAGCCCCCUGGCUAUGGAAUAUGUCAAUGACUUUGACUUGAUGAAGUUUGAGGUAAAGCGGGAACCCUCUGAGGGGCGAUCUGGCCCCCCAACAGCCUCACUGGGCUCCACACCCUACAGCUCAGUGCCUCCUUCACCCACCUUCAGUGAGCCAGGCAUGGUGGGGCCUACGGAGGGCCCGAGGCCAGGCCUGGAGGAGCUGUACUGGCUGGCCACGUUGCAGCAGCAGCUGGGAGCUGGGGAGGCACUGGGGCUGAGUCCUGAGGAGGCCCUGGAGCUGCUGCAGGGUCAAGGUCCAGUCCCUAUGGAGGGGCCCCACAGCUACUACCCAGGGAGCCCAGAGGAGACAGGGGCCCAACAUGCCCAGCUGGCGGAGCGGUUUUCGGACGCGGCGCUGGUGUCGAUGUCUGUGCGGGAGCUCAACCGGCAGCUGCGAGGCUGCGGGCGCGACGAGGCCCUGCGGCUGAAGCAGAGGCGCCGCACGCUGAAGAACCGAGGUUACGCGCAGGCCUGUCGCUCCAAGCGGCUGCAGCAGCGGCGCGGGCUAGAGGCCGAGCGCGCCCGCCUGGCCGCCCAGCUGGACGCGCUGCGGGCCGAGGUGGCCCGCCUGGCCAGGGAGCGUGACCUCUAUAAGGCUCGCUGUGACCGGCUGACCUCGAGCGGCCCUGGGGCCGGGGACCACGCCCACUUCUUCCUCUGAGCAGCUAGGGGCCUCGGAGUGGUGUCGUAGGAGGGUGGGGGGCACCACCCAGGAGGCCACUGUACCGUUCAUUAGAUGGUUACUGAGCGCCUUCUGGCGCCAGACACUACGUGGUGUGACUAUACAUAAAUAUCCCCGAACUUCCUAGCCCCUCAGGGCAUGCUCCGAGGUUAGAUGCUGGUCAUUUUCUGGGAGAGAAGUCUAAUCACGCAGGCAGCCCAGAGCACCCUCCACUUCCCGUUCCAUCCCCACGUGACCAGGACGCUGCGAUCUGGAGGAGCCAGUGCAGGGCAC